CCGGUUGCUGAGCAACGUCGCCUACCUCUUGAAAGAUUUUUUCCAGGGGGGUCGUGGCAGCCGCCAAGUUUGCUGUUCGCUCUUGUGUUUAUAAAUGUUUGUUUUUUUUAAACGUAUGCUUUGAGUACGGUUAUUAAAAUAUAAGCGAGGUAAGUUGCUGGCAGAUUGAUAUUGUAAAAACAAUGUUGCGCAAGUUGAGAGCAACAUAGGAGGAGUCAAUUGACGAUGUUAGAAGACGGAGGUUGUACGGCUUUGGGAGACUUGUUGGAGCUAGUUAACUAACAGUUAGACUAGUUGAUGUUGUAACAAUGCACCGAAAGGCCAACAGAAGAGUUUCCUUGUGUCUGAAAGGCAGCCGAGGAUGGCUGUGAGAAAUUCAACCCUCAGCACCGCACAUACAGAGAAAACAUCAACCAUGGCUGUCUCUGCUAUCAGGAAUUGGUGGAAUAACUACCAGCUGGACAAAUCGUCCACCAAUGACUCCAACACAGAGGAAGACGAGGAGGAAUUAACAGGGAGGAAGAUGUUGUCUAUGAACCUGAAUCAGACUCUGCGGACCAGGCAGCUGCUCAUCAACUUUGAUGCUGGCCGACCUGUUUUGAGUCUCAGGGCACCGCUGGACCUGGUUAACUUCCCGUCUAUCUCCUGCCCCCGUUGGCCCAUAGAGUGUGAGGUCAUCAGUGACAUUAUCCAUCACAUUGAGUGGGACCCCCCAGAGCCAGAGCUUUUCUACCAGCCUACAGGACAAGAGAGAACACCCAUGCCAGUCGGAGAGGAGAGAGGCAAAGUGGUAUACUGCACUGACCACGCCACUAAGCGUCCCUUUUUCACCUGCUCCCGUGUUGGAGGAAGCAGAGGGCCGAUUAAGAGCGCCACUCAUGAGAUCAAUCUGACAGACUUCACCCUUGAGUUUGAGUCACGCUUUGAGAGUGGGAACCUUCAGAAGGCUGUGCAAGUGGGUGUCUAUGACUAUGAGCUCACCCUGCGCACAGACAUGUACACCAAAAAGCACACGCAGUGGUUUUACUUCAGGGUGAGGAACAUGAAGGCUGGAGUGACCUACCGCUUUACCAUCAUCAACUUGAUGAAGAGCAGCAGCCUGUAUUCUUAUGGUAUGAGACCCCUCCUCUAUUCCGAGAAGGCUGCCAAGGAGCAAAGUGCUGGAUGGCAACGCACCGGCUCUAAUAUCAGAUACUACCGCAACAUCAAUCAGAACACAAAGGAGAACAACAGCGACACAAUCAACCUGUACUCACUCACCUGGACUCUCCAGUUCCCCUAUGACUCAGACACCUGCUACCUGGCCCACUGCUACCCCUACACCUAUUCACACUUGCAGCGAUACCUUAGGCGCAUUUCUUCCAACCCAGCAGUUGCGUCUUACUGUACGCUACGGGUGUUGUGCCACAGCCUGGCUGGGAAUGCUGUGUAUGUGGUGACAAUAACGUCCCGGGGGGUUGGCAGGUUAGAGGGCAGGAUGAAGAAGGCUGUGGUGGUGACGGCCAGAGUGCACCCUGGAGAGACCAACAGCUCCUGGAUGAUGGAGGGGUUCCUAGACUUUCUGCUCGGGGACUCAGAGGAUGCUCAGCUGCUUAGGGACACUUUUGUUUUUAAGGUGGUGCCGAUGUUGAAUCCAGAUGGUGUGGUAGUGGGAAAUUACCGCUGCUCCCUGGCAGGCAGGGACCUCAACAGAAAUUACAAGACAUUGCUCCGGGAUUCUUUUCCCUGUGUUUGGCACACCCGAAACAUGGUGGAAAGGCUGGUAGCUGAGAUGGAUGUAGUUCUUUACUGUGACUUUCAUGGCCACAACCGUAAAAACAACGUCUUCAUGUACGGUUGUAACAACCGAGGUGACGCUUCGCUGAAGCUUCAUGAGAGAAUCUUUCCACUAAUGAUGAGCAAGAAUGCCAGCACUAAGUUCUCCUUCAAGAGUUGUAAAUUUCGGGUGCAGAAGAGCAAAGAAGGAACUGGACGAAUUGCCAUGUGGAGACUUGGCAUCAAAAACAGCUACACUAUGGAGGCCACUUUUGGAGGCUCCACUCUGGGUGACAGAAGAGGAACUCAUUUUACUUCUCAUGACCUGAAGUCCAUUGGGUUUUACUUUUGUGACACUCUGCUGGACUACUGUGACCCUGAUCCAGCCAAGACCAAUAACUGUCUGACAGAGCUGGCAGUAUUGUUGAGCAAACAGGUCAGAGAGAGGCUGGGCAAGGAUUUGGGCAUUGACUGUAACAUCUCUGUGUCUGACCUGGAAACCAGCACCAGUGGGUCAAAUAGUUCAGAUUCUGACGGACUUCCAGUUCAUUUACUGAACCAGCCAGAAACUGCACAUCCAGAGCAAACUCCAAAAAAGAAGAAAAAGAAACGCUUGAGGAGUCAUAAAGAGAGGAACAGGCUGCGACCUGAGAGAGUAAAGAAUAACACGCAGCCAAAAGUUGUGCAAAGCAGCAUCAAAAAUAUUGAGUCCAACCUGCCCAGUGAGAGUACCGCAGUUAAAGAGAGCAUCCCAGAGAGGCCUGUUGGCAGACACAAGAAAAAAUGGCAGAUAAAUGGCCUCUUAAGAAAAGCAGUGAUCCCUCCAGCCACAACUAACCCUGUGGAAGUCAGUCAGGUGACUAUGUGGCAAGGCUGCAAGCCUGUACAGGAAAACUCUCUGGAAAACGUGAAAGCUGCAUACCUUCAUCACAGGGAAAAGGCAUAUCAACAUGCCAGCACAUACACAGCUCACACAGAGGACACAGGGAUGUAUGCAGGACACUGGCGAUGCCCCUCUCAGCUGCUACACCUCAGUGCUCUCCUUCCACCUGCACCCAAUUCCAUUCAUUCCAACCAGAGACAGUGUCCCUGCCCCCGACAAUCCUUUGUCUCCUAUAACGUCUACAAAGGGCUGCCAUCUUGCCUUACAAGAUCCCGCAGGUCUCCCUCAUCCAUGUACGUCAAAAUGAUUCCAGACAUGGUUCCAGCAAAGUGUUUGCUGUUCAACAGCCGGCAUAUUCUUGGAGACAGACACGCUUUACGGGUCUCCGAACGUCAGCAGAAUAUGGAACAGGAAGAAGAUUCCUCAGAAGGGCGGUUGUCACUGUUGAAAUGUGUACCAUUUGGAGAGCAGAACCAGAGACAUCUCACCGCUGACAUCACCCUACGAGAAACUGAGUCACACAGCAAUUUAUUUGUGCCUGUGACGAGGGGCACAGACCUUAGAGGAGAACAGCUGGGCAAAGAGACUUUGGGGGACAAAAAGGACAUAGGUAUUUUAUCCCCUGUGUCGAAGCCUUCAGGUCUCAUGAAGAUGGAGCCUCCACGUCCACAGAGUGACAUGCUAACUACGCUUCAGUCUAAAGUCAUCAGGGGCUAUCAUUCUGGGAGAGAAAGCCAAAUAAGUGCAGCUCAACGGGAAACAAUGGUCACAAGAUCAUCACAGUCUGCAUCACUGCGGACACCUUAUUUAUAAUCGGGGAACUGCAGAUUGAGUUUAUUCUCUCUGUUCUGUGACGUGCUGUGAACCUCCUCUGAUGGAUACUUGAACUUCAACAGGUCUGUUAGAUAACAGAAGUGCUGGAAUAAAAUGUUUAUUACCUCAUUCACUCAGAUAUCACGACGCAGUUCAAACUGCAUAGAAGUGAAACCCUUUAGUAAUAGUAAAACACCAAUUUUUGUUUGAUGUUUUCCUAAUUCAUAUGUCCCCUUUAUAUUUUGAUGAAAAAUCUGGUGUUAAUGAUAGUGCUGUGUUGGUAUUGAUAAGGACAAGAUUAAGAGAUGACAAACCCAUCAUGCACGGACUCUCAGGAGUGCACUGACACAAAGUCUAUGAAGCGUUGCAUUG